ACUGCACGCCAACGCCAUUUACGUUUUGGAAACCUUUUUUUGCCAAAAGAAUUCGAAUAAUAAGCCUAAUAAAACAGUGCGAAUAUGUUGGCACUUAUAAACAGAAUCCUCGACUGGUUCAAGAGCAUCUUCUGGAAAGAGGAGAUGGAACUGACGCUGGUGGGACUGCAGUUCUCGGGGAAGACAACGUUCGUCAAUGUUAUUGCAUCCGGCCAAUUUGCUGAGGAUAUGAUACCCACAGUGGGCUUCAACAUGCGAAAAAUAACCCGAGGCAAUGUUACCAUCAAGGUCUGGGAUAUUGGCGGCCAGCCCCGUUUCCGUUCCAUGUGGGAGCGGUAUUGUCGCGGUGUCAAUGCAAUUGUCUAUAUGGUGGAUGCGGCUGAUCUGGAUAAGCUGGAGGCCUCGAGGAACGAGCUGCACUCGCUGUUGGACAAGCCGCAGCUGGCCGGCAUUCCAGUGCUCGUGUUGGGCAACAAACGUGAUCUUCCAGGAGCGCUCGACGAGACUGGCCUCAUUGAGCGAAUGAAUCUAUCGAGCAUACAGGACCGUGAAAUAUGCUGUUAUAGUAUUUCGUGUAAGGAAAAGGACAACAUUGACAUAACGCUGCAGUGGUUAAUUCAACAUUCGAAAAGCCAAAGUCGUUAGAUACCUAAACUAACAACCCACACAAACACAAACACAAACAAACACCCACUACCCACACAAAACACAAACACACACACACACAUAAACAUAGGCCCUGUAUCUCACACGGAACAACUAUAUAUAUAUACACAAAUCUAUAUAGUAAUGAUUUGCAGCGUGAUGAAGAGAAUGAGAAAUGAUUUGGAGUAGUGAAUCGAAGAAGAAAGCUAAACUUACACACAGUACUAAGCUAUGCCUUGAUGAUCUAACUUUUUUUGUACGAAUGUCUGCAUACACAUAUACAUGUCCUUGUAAUUGUCCUUCUUACACUGUGUUUUUCCUGUAGGAAUUCUAGGGUGUACAGUCGCGACAGAGUCUGUCUCGGUGCUUGUUUGUCUCGAAAAUCGAAUGAUGUGUAAACGAACUCUGUGUAAAUCGUUAGUACUGUUAGUUAAUCCACAAGCAAACACACUAGAAACACACACACGCAUAAACUAUGUACUUCAUGCUGGCUUGAUCGAGCGCAACUCUCUUCAAUCCCUCAAUCGCCAUGUGCCUAUCGCUGGCGUCUCUACCGAUUUCGUUGUCUGUGUCCACUUUUAGUUAGACUUAUGUUUAGCGUUUAUUGGUGUGAUUAUAUAAAUAUUAUUAUUAUUUUUUAUAAUUUUUAUAUAAAAAAUAUAACUUUACAUUUCGCUUAUUAUUUAUGAACUGAAUUUUUGCUUAGCGAAAAAAACAAAAACAAAAGGAAAACUACAACUGAAACA